AUGGCGGGCAAGCCAGAGACCAAGCCAUUCAGCCAUCCCACGAGGGAUGACGACGACGACUUGUUGAUCACCAGGCAGAGCACUUCGGACCACAGCAGCACCGCCCGCAUUCCCCAAUGUUCACCUUAUAACAUGUCUCCUUGGCAUCAAAUGCCUUCCUACCUUGAUGGUGAGGGCGGUGACGUCGAUGCCCGCGGAACUAUACGUGGCUGUGCUGGCGGAGGAGAAUUGCUUCCUCGUGGCACGAGCCUUCUUGGUUCCUUGGUCCGUGAGGAGGGGCAUAUCUAUUCCCUCGCCGUAACCUCUGGCCUCCUGUAUACAGGCUCAGACAGCAAGAAUAUCCGGGUCUGGAAGAACCAGAAGGAAUUCUGUGGGUUCAAGUCCAGCAGUGGACUGGUGAAGGCCAUUGUCAUCGCGAGUGACCGCAUAUUCACCGGACACCAGGAUGGAAAGAUAAGGGUGUGGAAGAUAUCUCCAAAGAACCCUUCGAUACACAAGCGAGCGGGUACUCUGCCCAGACUCUGGGACUACCUCAAGGGCUCCAUUAACCCGUCUAACUAUGUGGAGGUACGUCGGCGCCGAACGGCCCCCUGGCUCAAGCACUACGACGCCGUCUCCUGCCUCAGCCUAAACGAAGAACAAGGUCUCCUCUACUCCGGCUCCUGGGACAAGACCUUCAAGGUCUGGCGCAUUUCCGACUCCCGCUGCCUCGAGUCUGUCGCGGCCCACGAUGAUGCCAUCAAUUCGAUUGUUUCCGGCUUCGCGGGACUCAUCUUCUCAGGCUCAGCGGACGGCACUGUCAAAGCAUGGCGGCGGGAACUUCAGGGGAAUGGGACGAAGCACACACACGCUCAAACGCUGCUGAAACAUGAUUGCGCGGUGACCGCGUUGGCAGUAAGCUCCACAGCACCCGUACUAUAUUGCGGGUCUUCAGACGGACUAGUGAACUUUUGGGAGUGGGAACGGCAGUUAUCGCAUGGAGGAGCACUGAGGGGCCACAACCAGGCAGUGCUAUGCGUGGCGGCGCUCGGGAACCUCAUGCUGAGCGGAUCCGCCGACAAGACCAUAGCCGUGUGGCGGAGAGAGGGCCGAAACCAUAUUUGCCUUUCUGUUCUAACAGGCCACACGGGGCCAGUGAAGUGCCUCUCCUUCGAGGAGGAGGAUGUGGCAGCUGGGCGUUGGAUCGUGUACAGCGGCAGCCUCGACAAGUCGGUCAAGGUGUGGCGGGUGUUGGAGCAAGAACCGGAGACCAUGCGGAGAACUAGUUGA